AUGUCUGAAAAAUCCGAACAACGCGGAUCUUCGCAGUUUCCGGUACCGAACGGUUUUCGAAACCUGCUCGAAGCGCUGGCUCGAGAAGUACUCCGUUCGCAGCCGACCGACAUUUACGCAUUCUCGUCGAUCUACCUGCAACACCUCGUCAAGUUCCGAGACGAAUAUCACGUGAAUCCGAUCGAUGACAAAGACCUUUACGACCAUUUCAAAACUGCGUUUUUCAAAGAGGUAUGCAGCUUGAACCUGGUGCAAAGUGCGAUGUUAAACAGCAUUUUCGGGGCGAAAAACCAGCCUAAUAUAUCCGGCGGUAGCGGUGGAUUUGGUCCCGGUGACAAAGUUCAGCCGAAAGACGAUUCUUCUCAUGGAUCAGGUGAAGAGAAGAUCAUGCACAUUUCAAAACUGACGCAUCCUGAAGAGAAGACAGCGGAAGUCGGUGCGAAAGGCUCUCAUGACUCGAUGGCGGCAUCGCUGAAGCAACAACACCCUGCGCCGAGUCUGUCCACUGCCGUGGCUGACAAUUCUUCUGCGAACCAUCCUUUGGCGUCGCCCGACGAAGCGGCGGCGCUCAUCCAAGCUGGUGUGAGGGGCUUUCUAACUCGAAAGCACUUGGAAGAAGAGGGUGUGCACAUUUCACGACCGAAAAGCCCAAAUCUGACCAACUCUUCGCAUUCGAACCACAAAACCGACGGACCCAACGGUCAGCAGCCCGCGGCUUUCACGGAUAAAAUCGGCGCCAUUGGUAACCACCAUAUCGCGUCUGAGAAACUUUCAGCCAACGUCGGUCAGCAGCCAGCUACCGAGUAA